CCUGUGUGUGUGUCUGAGUUGUGAGCAUUCUGUGCUUGUGUGAAGUUUUCACUGGAUUUAAGUUGUUAAUGGUGCGUUCACACAUUAAGAGCAUUUGCUGUCAGAUUGUAUUGAGGUGAGUGAGUGUGUGUGUGUGUGUGUGUGUGUGUGUGUGUGUGUGUGUGUGCGAGAGGAAGUGAUCAUUGUUCCUGUACAGACAGAAUGAAGAGGGAAACGCAGAUCCUGAGAAAAUCCAGAGGAGUUUGAGUGUGAAUCUCACAUGAUCCUGACGGACAGACGAUGAUGAUGAUGAUCUGCACACAGAGACAGACAGACGGCCGGUGUUGAGUGUGUGUGUUCGGGGCCAGCAUGGCUCCUCGGCCAUCCUCAGGAGAGUUAUGGGGGCUUCACCUGAUGCCUCCUCGGAUCCUGGUGGACUGCUGUCUUCCGAACGGGAUCCUGGUGAGUCUGGAGUGUCUGAGAGAAGCUCCUCUGACCAGCAUCAAGCAGCAGCUCUUCAGCGAGGCCCGCAAAUACCCGCUCUACCACCUGCUGCAGGAGGAGUCCUGCUACAUCUUUGUGGGAGUGACGCAGGAGGCCGAGCGCGAGGAGUUCUACGACGAGACGCGGCGUCUGUGUGACCUGCGGCUCUUUCACCCCAUCCUCAAAGUCAUCGAGCCGCUGGGGAACAGAGAGGAGAAGAUCCUCAACCGGGAGAUCGGUCAGUGUGUGUCGUGA